CUGCAGGCGCUGGGAAAAGGUCCAGCUACAAGUAAAAGCAAAGAUGACCUUGUGGUGGCAGAGGUGGAAAUCAAUGACGUCCCCCUCACGUGCAGAAACCUGCUGACAAGAGGACAGACUCAGGAUGAGAUAAGUCGACUGAGUGGAGCGGCUGUGUCGACCCGAGGGAGGUUCAUGACAGCAGAAGAGAAAGCCAAAGUGGGACCAGGAGAUCGUCCCUUGUACCUUCACGUGCAGGGUCAGACACGGGAACUGGUCGACAGAGCUGUUAACAGAAUUAAAGAGAUCAUUACUAAUGGAGUAGUGAAAGCAGCUACAGGUUCUAGUCCGACGUUCAACGGAGCUACAGUUACUGUCUAUCACCAGCCAGCCCCUAUUACUCAGUUGUCUCCAGCAGUUGGCCAAAAACCUCCAUUCCAGUCAGGGAUGCAUUAUGUUCAGGACAAGUUAUUUGUGGGACUGGAACACGCUGUACCUACGUUUAAUGUGAAGGAGAAGGUGGAAGGGCCUGGUUGCUCCUAUUUGCAGCACAUUCAGAUUGAAACGGGUGCCAAAGUCUUUCUUCGUGGCAAAGGCUCAGGUUGCAUAGAACCAGCAUCGGGCAGAGAAGCUUUUGAACCCAUGUACAUUUACAUCAGUCACCCAAAGCCAGAAGGUUUGGCAGCUGCUAAAAAGCUGUGUGAGAACCUAUUGCAAACCGUUCAUGCUGAGUACUCUCGAUUUGUGAAUCAGAUAACCACUGCAGUACCCCUCGCAGGCUUCACACAGCCUGCCGCUAUCAACAGCGUACCUUCCCAGCCCUCCUAUUACCCUUCCAAUGGCUAUCAGUCUGGUUAUCCUGUUGUUCCCCCUCCUCAACAACCAGUCCAGCCACCCUAUGGGGUACCAGGCAUAGUUCCACCUGCAGUACCUUUGGCACCUGGAGUCUUAACAACGCUACCUACAGGAGUUCCGCCUGUGCCAACACAGUAUCCCAUAUCUCAAGUACAGCCUCCAGCCAGCACUGGCCAGAGCCCCCUGAGUGGUCCUUUCCUUCCUGCUGCCCCAGUUAAAAGCACCAUGCCGACUGGUACCCAGCCCCAGGUCCAGCCCCAUCCCCAGGCUCAAAAGAGACGCUUCACUGAGGAGCUGCCGGAUGAGAGAGAGUCAGGACUGCUGGGAUACCAGCAUGGACCCAUUCAUAUGACUAAUUUAGGUACAGGCUUCUCCAGUCAGAGUGAACUCGAUGGAGCCGGGUCGAAGGCAGCAAGUUCCUCAGGAAAGGAGAGAGAGAGGGACAGGCAGUUGAUGCCUCCGCCAGCUUUUCCUGUCACUGGGAUGAAAUCGGACUCGGAAGACAGAAAUGGUGCGGGGUCUUUACCAGGCAGCCAUGAUCAUCAAGCAAAGAAGAUGAAAACUGCAGAAAAGGGCUUUGGCUUAGUGGCAUAUGCUGGAGAUUCAUCAGAUGAAGAGGAGGAACACGGGGGCCAUAAAAACGCAAGUACUUUUUCACAGGGAUGGAGUUUGGGGUACCAGUACCCUUCCUCACAACAGCGAGCUAAACAACAGAUGCCAUUUUGGAUGGCACCGUAAAAGCUGCAGA